AUGAAAAGUGCUUGGCUCGAGGUUCCAGCGGAUCCAAGCGACGACAACUCGCAUGCUUCUGGAGCAGACGAAACACCAAGCGCCAGGUUACUUGAGGAGAAGCAGUUCAACCAGCGCAAAGCAGUUGGCAACGACGAGAUGGCACAGGUCCCGGUGCAGACGAUCCAUAGGGAUCCCCAGUUAUUCUACUGGAUUCUCUUUCCCAUCACCAUUGUCAUGAUUCUGACCGGUGUCCUCCGCCACUAUGCGACCGUCCUGAUGGCCUCGGCCCCGAAGAAGCAAGAUCAGAAGACGACGCUGGGUAGCCCGGAUGCCUUUGCUUGGGAUUGGAUGGAGUGGCUGACAAGACCAGUGAAAUUGCCCUUCCCGCUCACCAUCAAGUUCAAGAGCAUGCUCCAAGCUGGUGUGGCAACUAGGGACAUGGACCCGAGGUGGAUGUCAAGCAUUAGCUGGUACUUCCUUUGCAUUUUUGGGUUGCAGUCUGUGUUUAAUUUCCUGCUCGGUAGCGAAAAUGCUGCCAACCAGAUGGCGCAGCAGAUGAACCAGAUGGGCCCCCAGGGAGCAGGCCAGAUGUUCGGCCCUGGCGUCGACCCCAACAAGCAGUUUCUCGCCGAGGCGGAGAAUCUCGCCGUCAUCGAGCACCAUUCCGUUUUGGACGGUGUCGAGCAGCGUCUUCUCGCGGGUAUCAAGGUGUAA